CGACGACCACCACGCGUAAGGCGAGCCCUUUGAAGAUGACAGCCAUGGAGAGCAGACUUUCCAGAGAUAACCAGUGGACACUGUCAGCGAGUGUGAAACGAUCAUUGUCAUCGCUGCAACUUCGUUCGCAUCAUGUCUGGUGAACCUACGUCGCGGAGCGUAUUGAUCGUGGGUGCAGGAUGUUAUGGACUGUCUACUGCUUUGCAUCUACUUCGCCGUGGAUACAAAGACGUGACUAUACUUGACCGGGCGGAGCACCUGCCAGCGCAGGAUGCUGCUAGCACAGAUAUCAAUAAGAUUGUAAGGUCAUGCUACAACGAUAUCUUCUACACGAAGUUGGCCCGAGAAGCGAUUAGCGCGUGGAAGAGCGGUGAAUGGGAUGGGUGCUAUCAUGAAUCGGGUGCCGUUACUCUAUGCACCGACUAUCAGCGAGACACGUCUUAUCUCAACGACAUCGAUAUCAACAGCCCUCUGCCCGACUCUGUCUCUGUCUGUGAGAGGUAUCCGUCGGCCUUACGGGAGUCAUCUUCGCUAGGUACGCUCAGUAGUGCCUCUGGCUUCUUCAACAAAAUAGGUGGCUGGGCCGAAGCCGAACGCGCCGUCAAGAUAGCUCUGGAUAAAGUUAAAUCGCUCGGCGCGAAUGUGACACCCGGGAAGACAGUCACCUCUCUGGUCAAAGAUGGAGGCAGGACAAGUGGUGUUAUCUGUUCAGAUGGAACAACCUACCGUGCGGAUGUCGUUGUACUUGCUCUGGGCGCCUGGUCCUCGUCCGCUGUGCCCGAGUUAAAGCUCGACGAGCGGUGCCUAGCUGCUGGCCAAACUGUAGCCACCGUCCAACUUGAACCAGAGGAAUUCUUACAUUACAAGGACUGCCCCGUCACACUCGACUUCAGAACGGGUUUCUAUGUGUUUCCUCCAACCAGCCAAGGCGUCGUCAAAUUCGCGAUACACAGUGCAGGCUACACGAACUCGAUCGUGCCUUCGCACGCUGACGACCAACGCGCGAUAUCCACCCCGCGCACUGUGCUCUCGCACAACGAAGACGGGCUGCGCAUACCUGCAACGGCCGCGAAGCAGCUCCGGAUGUACCUCGCAGAGGUGUAUCCCGAGCUGGCCAAGAAGCCGUUUUUGAACACGCGCAUGUGCUGGUACACUGACUCACCUGAUGGAAACUGGGUCAUCGGCUACUACCCGAACGAUGCUGGCCUUGUGCUGGCUACCGGAGGAAGUGGCCACGGGUUCAAGUUCCUUCCGACAAUAGGCGCGAUCGUCGCAGACGCGCUCGAACAUAAGCUCGACGACGCCACGAAAGCGCGAUUUGCCGUAGACCGUGGCAUCGUCCCGGGAAAUAGCGAUCGCGCCGCAUACUACGCUGUGUUGCCUCAGGAGUUGGACGUCACUCAGUUGUGGGGCGCCCGGGAUCUUGCUGGUAUGUGGGAAGUUUUGUACUUGCUUAUCUCUACUCUCGGGUGUCCGGGUUUGAUCCAGUGGUAGUGUUUCUGAUUUUUCAUUGUCUUUAGGUGUGGGGGGUGAUAGACGUGACUUCGGAAUGAUGCGAGUACGGUCUUACCCGGAAGAGGUUUGAGGUGAUAUGUGUUGUCGGACCGAGAAUGCGAGGAGAUUUCCGAAGGGAUCACGAUCUUGAAUUUCUCUCUCUAUAUACAUGUUAUACUGAUUGGUGCAUAGACGAUCAUACAGAAUCUAC